AUGUCCACUGCUUCGACUUGCUGUGGCUCUGAAGAGCGCUGUGACGAAAAGUGCAUCCAAAACGCAGCAGCACUCGAGUGUGCAAAGGCUUGCGAAGGUGAUCCAAGCCACGACAAAUCCUCGAAUCAUCCUCACGAACACGACACGACCGGCCACCGAACCGGAGCUGCCUGCAACACCCACCUCCAAGCCGCCUUCGACCAAUACAGCAGCUACCUCGAACAACUCCGUUGCAUCUGCCGAAGCGUAAUCGACCGCGACGCUGAUACCUGCUGCAAGAGCCGCAAGUCCACUCCCAAGAAGAAGCAUGCCGGUCACAAGCACAAGCCACGCCCCGCGAUCCCAACCUUCAAGCCUUCGGGCAGUGGCGUCAAGACGAGUGAUCCUGAAAAGGCGGAUGGUGCCGAGACUGUUAGUUUCUUGGUUAGUGGCAUGGAUUGCACUACUUGCGCUGACAAGUUGAUGCGCGUGUUUGGGUCCAUGACUGGUGUUUCUCAAGCUCGAGUCAACUUUGUCAUGGGGAAUGGAGAGUUCAACGUUGAUACUUCCAUCACGGAUGCGGAUGAGGUUAUUCGCUUUGCCACGACAGCUAGUGGCUUCACUCUAAGCAAAGUGGUUGGCGGCAACUACUUCCUCGAUGUCUUGGUCUCUUCGGCAGAGGGAAAGAGACUGGUUGAUGAGCCACCUCGAGGCGUGACUGAUGUCCAACUUCUCGACAAGUCAACCGUCCGUCUCUCCUACGAGCCCACCGUGAUCGGUGCCCGCGAUCUCUUUUCCUCCCUCGAGAGUCAGUGCCAGGGUCUAGCACAGCCUCGCGGCGACCCCCAACUUGAGAACAGUCGUCGCCGACUCUGGGAUCAGCUCACAAAGACUGCCCUUGCAGCUGCGCUCACCAUUCCCGUUGCAGUUGUCUCCUGGGACGAGGGUCUUGUUGACGGCAAGACCAAGGGAAUCAUCGGUCUUGUGCUCGGAACCCUGGUCCAGAUCAUCGCUAUCCCCGAGUUCUACCGUCCUGCUAUUAGCGCCCUUUGGUACAGCCGCGCUGUGGAGAUGGACAUGCUUGUCGUCAUGAGCAUCAGCGCAGCGUACAUCUACUCUGUCAUUGCUUUCAGCUUCAAAAUGGCUGGCAAGCCACUGGAUGAAGACGAGUUUUUCGAGACGAGCACCAUGCUUGUUACCCUGAUCCUCGUCGGACGCCUCAUCGCCGCCUUUGCAAGAGUCCAAGCCGUCGCUGCCGUCUCAUUGAGAUCAAAGCAGAACAACACCGCUGUCCUUGUCGCCAAUGAUGGUGAUCGCGAAAUUGACGCUCGCCUGCUUCAGUACGGUGACCAGUUCAAGGUUCUCCCGCAUUCGCGUGUUCCUACCGAUGGAUUUGUCGUUUCUGGACAAACCGAAGUCGACGAAUCUAUGCUCACUGGAGAGACCCUGCCUGUCCUCAAGAAGAAGGGAGACGACUUGAUCGCAGGCACCGUCAAUGGAGAUGGUACUGUCGUCGCCCAGCUCACUCGCCUGCCUGGAAAGAACACUGUCACCGACAUUGCUCAGCUGGUUGAGGAAGCUGCCAAUUCCAAGCCCAAGCUUCAAGACCUCGCCAACAAGGUCGCCAGCUGGUUCGUCCCAACCAUGGCAGUCGUCGCUGCCAUCACGCUUGUCAUUUGGGUCGCUGUCGGCAUCGAGGUCCGUGGCUACAGCGGAGGAAAGACCAUCGGAAACGCCAUCACGUAUGCCGUGGCCACUCUCGCUGUCGCAUGUCCUUGUGCCCUCGGCCUCGCAGUUCCCAUGGUCCUGGUUGUCGCCGGCGGCAUUGCGGCCCGGGGUGGUGUCAUCAUCAAGUCUGCCGAGACAACUGAGCGUGCUCGAAAGACCACCGAUGUCGUUUUCGACAAGACGGGUACCAUCACCGAGGGCGAACUUGGUGUUGUCGAGCAGGUGAUCCUUGGAAUAGAUCAAGAUGAGAUCAUCGCUAUCGCGAAGGCCCUGGUCGCAGGAGGCAAGCACCCUGUCUCGGCUGCAGUCGAGAAGCAUUUGAGCGAGCAGAGCGUAAAGGCGAUGACUGAUGUGUCCAACAUUCGUGUUGUUCCGGGCGCCGGUAUCGAGGCCGACUACAACGGAUCCAGACUCCAAGCUGGAAACGCUCGAUGGACCAGAGCCGGCAGCGUGCCAGAGGUGGUUCGCCUUCAACACGCUGGCCUCACUACGCUGAUCAUCACUCGAAACUCGAUUCCUCUUGUCGUCUUCGGUCUGAAGGUGCAGAUCCGCCUUGAAGCCAUCCGCGUCAUUGCCAAUCUCAAAGCCCGCAAUAUUGCAGUCCACCUCGUGUCCGGCGAUCAGACCAUGGCCGUCAAGUCCGUCGCAGCCACAGUCGGCAUCCCACCGGAAAAUGCCGUCGGUGAACGCACCCCGCCUGAGAAGCGUGACUAUGUCGCCGCACUCAUGCAAGACAAGUCCAAGUAUGUCGUCUUCUGUGGUGAUGGAACCAACGACGCUGUAGCUGUUGCUCAGGCCAACGUCGGUGUUCAGAUGGGCGGCGGACUGACCAGCAGCGACGUCACUCAGGGCGCUGCGGAUGUGGUUCUCAUGAAUGGCCUGGAAGGGAUUCCUUUCCUGCUCAACGUCAGUCAGGCGUCGUUCAACAGGAUGGCUUUCAACUUCAUCUGGUCUGGUGUGUACAACGUUCUCGCCGUUACCAUGGCCAGUGGCGCUUGGGUCAAGUUCCGCAUCCCGCCCGCGUAUGCCGGUCUUGGUGAGAUGGUUAGUGUCAUUCCUGUGAUUCUGGCUGCGGUGUCCAUGUUUUUGUUGAACCUCAAGACUAAGGUCAAGGACAUUUGA